AUGGCUACCAGUCCGCAGGGUGUACCUUACGAACAGCUUGCACAUUACGUGAACGCUGACGGACAGUGUAUUUUCACACGUUCCUGGGCUCCACCUACAGAUGCAGAACCAAGGGCACUGUGUCUGGUAUUGCACGGCGCAGCUGAGCACAGUGGUCCAUACGACAGACUCGCUAUACCCUUGACAGGAUGUGGUGUUAUGGUAUAUGCACAUGAUCACGUUGGUCACGGACAGAGCCAGGGAGAUCGUGUGAAUAUAACAGAUUUCAACAUUUAUGUUCGAGAUACUUUACAACAUAUUGACAUAAUUGCGAAGAAACAUCCAAAUUUACCAAUAUUUCUCUUUGGACAUUCCAUGGGUGGAACAAUAGCCAUACUAACAGCCAUAGAGAGACCUGAUCAGUUCACUGGUGUUGUGCUGUCUGGCCCGGUUAUCACGAUAAAAAACAAGUCCCCAAUAACGACAUAUAUGUUGAGAAUUGUAUCAUAUUGGUUUCCAAAAUAUGAAGUAACGAAAAUAAAUGCAGAGCAUAUUACUAGAGAUCCCAAAGAGGUAGAAUUAUACGAAAACGAUCCACUGGUAUGGCAUGGUGGACUACCGUCGAGUUUUAUCGCUCAGGUUAUAACAGGUACUCGGGAGGUUCAGCAGAAUCUAUCGUCGAUUGAGUGGCCUUUCUUGAUCCUACAUGGAGAUGCAGACAAGCUGUGCGACAUCGAAGGUUCCAAGAUGAUGAUGGAAAAGGCAAAGAGCACAGACAGGCAUUUACAAGUAUACCCUGGACAUUAUCAUGCUUUAAUCUGUGAACCCCCUCAAGAUGCCGCCGUUGUGAUCAGAGAUAUAACAUCAUGGAUUGUAAGAAGAAUUCCCGAGAAUGCAACCAAACCAGAUGACGUAAAUUACAGAGAAUAAACAUGACAUGGAGUUAAAUAGUUAAAUGUGAUAACAUCAACAAUCACCGACACAUAUGAUGUCAGAAUGAGGGUGGAUUAGGUUUAAGAUAUAACACAAAUACCACCAAUCAAUAUAUACCAUAUGCAAUUGGAUCAAUUUAAAAAAAAAACUCUGAUACAUA